GUGUGCGCGUGCGUGCGCGUGCGUGUGUGUGACGGGAAGGAGACCCGCCUGCCCGCGACGCGCAACAGUGGAGCGCAGUGUGCUGGGCGCCGCACGGCGAGUGGCACGCGCAUCGGGGGCGCCGCUCAAUGGGCUGCGCGCUCGUCUCACGCCACUCAAAGCCACGCCGUCUAGACAAGUUGUCGCUGCGCGGAGCCACACGUUGCCAUGGCGUUUUAAAUGCAUCUGCCGUGAAUCUGGCCCGCUUAUAUUAGCCGGAGCGGGAGAUUGCUUGCGAGUGAGUGAGAGAGAGAGAGAAGGCGGCUCCAAUAACGAACGCGGGACCGCCGCCGCCUCGUGGGUUUGGUGUGCGGCGCCGCUGCAACCGCACGGAGACAUCCCAUCCCGUUCUAUUAAAAGCAGCGGGCUCCGUACGGGACUGAGCUAUUUGUGAACGCGAUUCAAUUUGGUGGACUCGCGUAUGCCGAACAAAUGGAGCAGUCGCAGUGUUUGUUUGUGGCCUGCUUCUUUUUAUUCUUCAUGAGGAAUCACCAAGGACUGUGCCAGCAUUACUUUCAUCUGCGGCCGGUCCCGAGUGAAAACCUCCCUGUUAUAGAUUUGGUGGAAGACCCGGACCCCGAGCUCGACCCCAAGGCCAAGGACUUGGACGAGAGGGCGCUCCUCAAGAAGCUGGGCAGCAACUUCGACCACAACUUCAUGUCCAUCGCGACGCCCGAGUCCGAGAGGCAGCCGGGAGGCGAGUCGACAACCACCACCACCGCAGCCGUGACCGCCGCGGACAGGAAGCCAAAGCCCACGGGGCCCAUACCCAGCGACAUCAAGAGGCUCGACCUCACGGAGACGCUGUACGGCCAGAAGCUGAAGCUGGGCAAGCGGGCGCGCCGCAAGUUCCUGCAGUGGCUGUGGGCGCACACCGCCUGCCCCGUGGUGUACUCCUGGAAGGAGCUCAACGUCCGCUUCUGGCCCCGCUACAUCAAGGAAGGGAGCUGCUACAGCGCCCGCUCGUGCUCCGUCCCCGAGGGCAUGGUGUGCAAGCCGGUCAAGUUCAGCAACAAGACGUUCCUGCGGUGGCACUGCCAGGGAUGGGGCCGGCAAAGGUUCUGCACGUGGAUUCCUAUACAAUAUCCCGUCCUCACCGAGUGCAAAUGCUCGUGCUGAUGGGGGGACAUCCGGGGACGCGUGUUUUUUUGUACGGGUGAUUUCGCACUUGCCGUCGCUGCGGGUUGAGGCCGAGCGGAUAUCUCUGCGGUUGCCGAGGAGCCGAGACGUCCCGGAGAGCUCUGGAGGGCUGAUGGUGAAGGGGGGGGGGGAGACCGAAGACUACGGAGGCGGCGGCGCCUCUACGGGACCUCACGCGCGCGCGCACUCGCGCGUGCGCGCGCGCGCACCCGCGCGCACCCGCGCGUACUCAGUUGCUAUGACAUUCGUGUCCGGAGAGGAUCCGCGUGGAUGUGUGCAUCGUUAUCUCCCCGUGGCAGAGAGAGAGUGCGCGCGCACAAGGGUGGAGGAUGUCAUCGAUGUUGGGAUGGAACUUUAAAAAAAACAAGGUGAAGAAGGAGAUUAUGAUGAUGUUGACUACGACGAUCGACGACGAAAGGAGAGCAAGAAUACGAAGAAAGGCAAUGAAUUGGAGCAAAAAGACAAAGCUAAUGAGUAAAGAGACUGAUGUGAUGUAUUAAAAGACAACAUAACUUCUGCUGCUUGGCGGAGUAAGGCAUCUGACCUGGAUGCGAUUCGAGAUAAUUGCGUGUAGCCUUGUCCACUUGGUGAUGUCGUUUCGUUAUUUUUUCUAAGUAUACAGUAUAAACGAAACGAACAAUGGACACAUAUCUCCCACGUGGUAUAUAUAUGUACAUAUAUACCGUAUUGUUUGCUCGUCACAUCAUAUUUUGUUACCUUGCAAAAAAUACCGAUGAUAAUAAUAUUAAGUAAAAGAAGGAAACUGACGUUAAUAAGAGAUAAUGUAAAUGUAAUAUGUUAUAUUUAUUUAUCGAUUCAUUUGCCUAGAUGUUUAAUUUUUUUGAAAUGUAAAGGUAAUGUGAAAUAUGCAAAUAUUCUUCCAUAAAGUCACCUCCGCUCUACUCACGCAAGUGUCGUGUCUCGUGUGCAACGCGCGUCUCGCAGCAUUAACGCGACCAUAUAUAGCCGGCUUAGACCAUUAAUUGGGAACUAAAAUAACACCCCCUUAACCAUGAGUGCUCCGCUUGCGAAUCACCAUGAGGCGAGGCUAAACAUCGCUAACUGCUGCGCUCUGUGUGCAAUAUUAAACGCAAGGUCGGUUGAAAUCCA